ACAAGUCUAAUUUUAUUUCGUACAUUUUUUUACAGUUUUUGUUACAUUUAUUUUAAAUGCGAUGGAUAAAUACGAAGCAAUCGCUUUCCUCUUCAAUAUUGCUAAAGAAAUAAAAAGGUCGUUCGAAAGUCCCGUGAUUCUGGUGACGUCGAAGGAUUAUGCUGAUGGAAUAUACAGAUCGUUGCUCGAAAUCCGCACAGCCUUGCUACAGGACGCCGACUCCCGCCAAGUCGCCGAAAUCAUCAACAAUUUCCACCUACAGUGGCUGCAAGCUGUGAAAGACAUAGAGGACUUCAGAAAAAGAAUAAAAGACACGCCCCGAGAAGUCAUUCUCAAUGCCUUAGAAUACACGAUAAGAUCUAUGAACAAUAGAUUUUCAUAUUUUAACAACUUCAUUCAACAAUUAAGAGCCACCAUGCCGACGCAAGACCGACUGAUCAUGCAGGCUGAUCUAGAAAUAAUGAACGACAUGAAGGAAACCGUUAUCUCCGUCCUGCAUGAUAAGAAGCAUUGCUUCAAGAUCCAAGUAGAUAACUACGAAUAUGCCGUCAAAUUAAACUACGAAAUCGACGAGCUUUUAAAUUGGUUGGACAGAAUCAACGACAGCCUAGCCAUUCAGUUUUGCAAAGUCAUUCAUUUACACGUGCCACAACUGCCGAGCGACCUCACGAAGACUUUGAAGCAAAUCAUAGACGAAGUGGCCGGUAGCUCGUUGCCUGAAGCCCCAGAAAUAAUAGAACGAAUGGAAAGCAAGGGCAAAUUGUUAAGCUCAAUGGUACGCUUCAACGCAAGUCACGAGUUAGAAGUAAGCAAAGUAGUUGAGAAAAUUAAAACGCUAGAAGACCGCAUAAGCCGAUUACAGGAAAAGAAAUCGUCAGCAGUACUUGCGCUCCAACAUAAGGUGAUUUAUUUGGAGGAACGACUACAGUCGUUAGAAAAUCUAAAAAUGUCACUCAACGCGCUUAAAAUGGAACAAAGUAGAGUACUUGAGGAAGACGAAGUCUUGGAUAGCACGGAACUCCACAUUUUUAACCACAACCUUCCAGAAGAGGACCGUUGUAGGCUUGUGGAAAGAUUGGUAAAACUUUGGGACAAUGCUUUAAAUAAUGACGACCCAACUGGGAAGUCGAUUAUAUCGAUAUUGAGUGCUGUAGACAUGAAAGAAGUAUUUACUGAUGAUGUUGGCGAAUUCACAGUCGAUAAAUACGGUAGGAAAUUAUACUCUCGCAGCGACGGGAACCUUUACCAGCUCAACGAGAGGAACGAGCUCGUAGAGGUAAAUGAUGAUGAGAAACAUGUGUAUUUCUAUGACGACUGUGGAAGAUAUUACGUUGAUAGAAGAGGGCAUCGCAUUUACAAGGCACACGACGAUGCGAGUGAAUACGAAUUAGGGCAUAUGGGACAGUUACUGAAAUUAAGAGAGAUAAGAGAUGGUAUUGAAUACAGGUAUGAUCACCGCGGACGAUACUUUAUCGAUGAGAAUGGUCGUCGAAUUUAUACAGACCCGGACACAGGUGAAAAGUACGAACUGGACGGUUUUGGGAACCUGGUGCGAGUGCAUAGUAGAGAAUGCCUUUACGUGCGUUGUCCUCCAGAGCCAAUGUACGUGAAAGAGUGUAAAUAUUUGCAAGAGACGGUCGGAGACGCGCUGAAAACAUGUUUGUCGAAUGUAAUUUUGCAUCAGCCGGCAGACCCUAUAGAGUUUUUGGCCAGUAACCUGGAGAAGUACAGGAAGAAUGUGCAAGACCGACAGAAGAGACGUGAAGAAGAGAUAGAAAUGAAAGCAGAAAGACAGUUCUAUGAAACUGCAAGCGUCCCUCUUCAGUCGUACGUAAGCGAAGCAGAGGGAAUCUCUGGGUCUUUUUCAGAUUCCAAUCUAGCUACUUAUGAAACUAUGAUACCUGAAUAA